AUAACAGAGAGAGAGAGCUGCAGUCACACACCAGCUUCAGUCACACACAGCAGCAUCAUAAUGUUCUUCUCCUGGGGCGAUUCAUCCAGAGGACAGCUUGCCAUUCCAGGAUCUGGAGGGAAUGGCAUCACCACACCGACUUCAGUCCACUCUACUGAACAACUUGUUGGGAUCUCCUGUGGAGAACAGCACACUUUAUUCCUGACAGUUGGUGGACAGGUACUGUCCUGUGGCCGGAACUCUAAAGGACAGCUGGGACGAUCCAAGACCAGAGACACACACCUGCCAGUGAAGAUUGAUGGCUUGGGAGCUGUAGCUGCAGUAGCAUGUGGGCAAGACCACAGUUUGGCUUUGUGUGAUUCAGGUCAGGUGUUUUCCUGGGGAGCAGGUGGAGAAGGGCAGCUGGGUCACAGCAGCCCUGUGGCAAAAUGUCCUAAACCUGUACCAGUUCAGAUAAGGUUACCUUUCCAGAUCCCAGUGGUGCAGGUCGCUUGUGGAAAUUUCCAUUCUUUGGCUCUAAGCAAGGGAGGUGAAGUCUUUUCGUGGGGUCAGAAUAAAUAUGGGCAGCUGGGACUGGGGAAAUCAGUGGAGUUGCAGCCUGAUCCUUCUCUGGUACGAUUUCUUGUCGGAGUUCCCGUCACUCAGAUCGCCGCCGGUGGAGCUCACACCCUGGCACUCACUCUUUCAAAUCAAGUGUUUUGCUGUGGAGCUAACAGUGUUGGUCAGCUGGGCCUUAACAGAACUGAUGUAAAAGGCCGAUUUGCAGUAUGUGCGGUUCCAGCUUUGAAGAACUUGGGAGUUUCUUCCAUAAGCUGUGGAGCGGCUCACACCGCUGUCCUCACUAAGGCUGGAGAAGUGUACACAUUCGGAGAGGGAACUCAUGGUCAACUUGGGCACGGCUCCACCAAUAAUGAGCUUCUACCCAAGAAACUCGCGGGCAUUGAUGGAUCUGCUAAACAAGUAACGUGUGGCAGCCAUCACACUUUGGUUCUGAUGCCAUCUGGUAUCCUCUUCACAUUUGGCCGUGAUUUCCAAGGGAAAGCAAGUGGUGAUACUAAAAACAGCCUGCAGCCUGUAAAACUAGAAGGAGACUGGAACGGCACAGAAGCAAGGACACACACAGAAAUGAAGAUAUCAUCUGGCUGGAGUUCCAACUUUAUUUUCUUCCCACCUUCCAAGACCAAUUUUCUUGGCGAUCCAAUUGGAAAACUUGAAGAGGCACAAGUGCAGAGAUGGGUUACAACAUUGGAGAGUGACAGAAGCAUUAAAGAAAUCAAAAGGGAGGUUUCCUUGACCUUUGCUACAAGUUCAAAUCUCAUCGCCUGCUUCCUUAAAGACAGGAGCUCCUCACACGGUAUUCAGGUUGAUUUAAAUGCUGCUAGCCAGACCUUCGAUCAGCUCCUGAAGAUUGCCUGGAUCAAGAAUUCAGUUGAGAUGAGCAUCAAACAAGUGGUGCCCAUACUUUUUCACUCUGCACCAGUGAUGAGGUGUCCUGAGAUCUUCCUGCUCCUGCCCACAUGCUCUGUUCUUCACGACCAACAGAAUGUGAUAGAUCUGGUGCUGCUGUUGGCUGUAACCAUCAGAGACCUCUCUGAGACUGCUACGAAAAGCUUGAAGGAGUACUGGUCCUCCAUGGAUGCCAGCAUUAUGACUAAACAUAUCUGUAUGUGGAAACAAGCACUCAUCUUCCUCCUGAAGUCCAAUGUGUGGUUAAAUUACAUUCCUGGAGUGAACGCGGUGCUCGAAGUCCUCAAGUUACUUUACAGGGGAAACAGAAGAGCUGAAAGAUCGAGGCAGGUUGCGCUUACUGAGUUCUACAUAGAGGAGCUAGGCAUCUCACCUCCGUUUCUUCAGCGGGACGUGACACUGUGGAGGCAAAUUAAAUGGGGACAAGUUCUGGAAGUGGAAACUACUCCUGCUAUCCUCUGUCGAUACCCAUUUCUCCUGGAUCUGAAGAGCAAAAUCUUGAUAUUACUCUAUGUUGCAUCUAUAACGCAGAUGGUUCAUCAGCUCAUUCACAAAGAGGUGGCAGCCCAGAGGAUGUUUCAUGAGCUAUACACCGGGGAGGUACCGACUCCCAUCUUUCAGCUGAAACUGAGACGCACUGCCUUACUUGAGGACAUGUUUAGACAGCUUGACAACGCUGACCAUGACAACUUCAAAAAAGCAUUAGUGGUGCAGUUUGUAGAAGACUCCAAAGUGACUGCAGUCAACAAAAGAGAUUUCUUUCUCCAUGCCUUUAAUGAACUUUUGGCUCAUGAAUCAGGGAUGUUUAUGUACAAUGACAACGAAACAAUGAUCUGGUUCCCUGCAAAGCCAACGCAUGAAUCAAAGCGAUACUUUCUGUUUGGGAUUCUCUGUGGCCUGGCCCUCUGCAAUGACAACAUAGUCCACAUGCCCUUCCCUAUGGCAAUGUUUAAGAAGCUGAUCAGUGUAAAGCCCACUCUGGAGGAUUUAACUGAAUUCAGUCCACAAGUUGGCAGGAGUUUGCAAUACCUUUUAAUUGACUACACAGAUGACGAUGCUGAGAACAUGGACAUGACUUUCCGUGUGCACUGGGAUGGUGAAGAUGUGGAGCUGGACCCCCACGAACGUGAAAAACGUGUGACAAGUGCUAACAAGAAGGAGUUUGUGGAGGCGUAUAUAGACUACGCCUUAAACAAGUCAGUGGAACGAGUGUUUAAUGAGUUUAAGAGAGGAUUCUACAAAGUGUGUGAUGAGGACGUGGUGAAUUUCUUCCAGCCAGAGGAGCUCAGAGGAGUGAUGGUGGGAACAGAGGAGUACGACUGGGACACUUUCAGACAGAAUACAGUCUAUGCCGGGCAGUACCAUGUGAAACACCCCACUAUCGUUGCUUUCUGGGAAGUUUUUGAGGAGCUGACAGAUAAGCAAAAGAAAGCCUUUCUCUUGUUUCUAACAGGCUGUGAUCGUGUGCCCAUCCUUGGGAUGGAGGCGGUUAAGAUGACCAUGUUGGACCGUCCUAACUUCACCCAGGAACAUCUGCCAGAGUCCCUCACCUGCCACUCAUAUUUCAUGCUCCCUCCAUAUGAGAACAAGCAGCGUCUGGAAGCAAAACUCAUUGAAGCAAUAAAUCACAACCGAGGCUUUUGGAUAGAAGAGACAAAACCUGCAGAAAUAUAAUACUUUUGUUUGACAGCCAGCUUAUUAUAUUAGAUGGCUAAACUACCUUGGUUUAAUAAGAUUUUAAAUUACGAGCACAAAUUUUAUGGUUGUCUGAGAAGAAACACUGUCAGUGUUUUUUUUGUUUUUUUUUAGCAUUUUUGAUUAGUUAUUUAUAGCUGUGGUCAAUACCAAACUAAAAUUCAAACAUACACAGAUACUUAAAUGUCACACAAGCUAAACACAAUAAUGCACAUUAAAACUGAACUUAUAUUAAAACUAUAUUCUUUUCAUGCCAAUCAGAUGCUUUAUUAAGGCAUCAAAAAAAAGGUUUCUGGUAUACAGGUAUAUCAUUAUAUUAAGAUAUUAUUAAGCUAUUAUACUUAUUUUAAAAAAUCUAGUUCCAGUAGUUUAUAGAAAUAACAAGCUUAUUGUAGUACAUUGUUUUCAAGUGCUUGCUUCUCCUUUAUUUUCUGUCCAUUGCAUGUUGAUAAUAUAUAACAAACAAAUAUUCUUACACAAUAAAUACUGAAACAGUUUACAUGUAUUUUACAUUUUCUGCAGAGGAGCGUGCUAAAAAUAAUAAAAAAUAAUAAUAGAAAAUAUUUUUGAAAUCAUCUCAGAUCAUUAUUUCCUCUCAUUUAUAAUGUAUCUUAGUAGUAAUAUUUGCACCCAGCCACAAUACCUUGUUAGAUAUACAUUCACAUUAGUAACUGCACAGUUUUAUCAGUAUUUCCCCAGGGUUCAAGAUUCAAGGAUCAAGGUUCAUUUUAUUAUUAUUUAAUCCUAAAGUGGUGUGAUACUCAUGUCAGCUGACAGAAAGUACAGACCACACAUUAGGAUCAACACAAUGUUCUAAUAACACAAAAACAGAUCAUUAACUAUUAUCAACUGUGAUUUGAUACAUGAUAAUAGCAAUAAUGUGCAUUUGUUGUAGACGGGAAACUUUACACAGUAAGUGCAUUAUAUAUUCAAUAACUUCACAGACUACAUAAAGAGAAAACAUUUCUGAGCAUGUAACAGAUGUACAUAAAAUAUAAAUAAAGCGAGUGUGCAAAGUAUAA